AUGGAUGGACGGUUUAAGAAGACGUUUGGCCAGCACAUUUUAAAAAACCCAGGAAUUGUAACUAAUAUGAUUGACAAGGCAAAAAUCAAGCCAACUGACACUGUUCUGGAGAUAGGGCCCGGUACAGGAAAUUUAACGCUAAAGCUAUUAGACAAGUGCAAGCGGGUGGUUGCCAUAGAAAAAGAUAGAAAAAUAGCAUCUGAUCUUAUAAAAAGAAUAGGUGCAAGAAAAAACAAGCUGCAACUUCUGAUUGAAGAUGCGAUAGAUGCAAACUAUCCAUAUUUUGAUCUGUGUGUAUCAAACACUCCGUACCAAAUAAGCAGUCCUUUGGUUUUUAAGCUGCUAGAGUAUCCCUUUAGGGCGUGCGUUCUUAUGUUCCAGAAAGAGUUUGCGGACAGACUCUGUGCUGCUCCGGGGACAAGCAGCUACUGCAGGCUUUCUGUGUCUGUGCAAAUUCGGGCAGUUGUCACGCACAUUAUGCGGGUUUCAAAAAAGAACUUCCGCCCACCUCCAAAGGUAGAGUCAAGCAUUGUAAAGAUUGAGCCAAGAAGAAAUAAAGUGGAUAUAGACCUAACAGAGUUUGAUGGCAUGCUGCGCAUAUGCUUCAGCAGAAAGAACAAAACCAUUGGGUCAAUAUUUAGGCAGAACACAAUAAAGAACCUUCUCUUUAUGAACAGAGACAAAAUAGCAGACAUAGCAGAGGAAGAUGAUACACUAGCAGAGCCUGCUUUGACAGAAGAGCCAUCCCGGAAGAUAUCCCCAGAACAAGAGGCUAUUCUUAAUAAAGUGCUAGAAGAAAGCAAACUAGAAAAAGAACGUGCAGCAAAAAUGAUAGUUGAAGAUUUUCUGUUCCUUCUUAUUAAAUUCAAAGAAGCAGGAAUAUCGUUUAAAGCAUAG